AUGCCAUUGGAUAGUGACUACAGUGAUGAAGACGACUAUCCAAAAAUUCAGAAAACAAUUUCUGAUUCAAGUUCUUUGCCUUUGGUAUUGGAAGUUGGAAAGAUCAGAAAAAUUGCAAGUGAACGUAACAAUUUAUAUGUAGUUGUCAAGGAAUACAUACUAAUAAACGAGGAAAAAUCAAACCAGACCUUCGCAAACGGCAUAUUAACCUUUUUUGCCCAGUGA